GUCGUUCGUGAACGAACGAACUAAAUUGAACUAUUCACCAAACUGAACGAACGAACUAGGUCUGCCUUUAUAGUUCAAUAUAGUUCGAUAGUUCAAUUUAGUUCACUUAGUUCAAUAUAGUUCACUUAGUUCACGUCGUUCAUUUUGAUCUCUUACCCUGAUCGUUCGUUCGUUGUUCACUUAGUUCGAUAGGUCGGUCUGAGUUCACUUAGUUCGAUAGGUCGGUCUGAGUUCACUUAGUUCGAUAGGUCGGUCUGAGUUCACUUAGUUCGAUAGGUUGGUCUUAGUUCAUUUAGUUCGAAAGUUCGCUUAUCGAAUAAGCUGAUUAAUUUUCGCAUACAUUUAAAACUACGGCUUACAAGUUUGUGCGUAUCUAUGGCUUCAAAACGAAAGCAUAGCAAAGUUUGGAAUUUCUUUGAUUCAGUGGAUGAGAAGAGUGCUAAAUGCAAAUACUGCAAAACUGUGCUUAGUGUGGCUGGUGGAUCGCAAGGAAACUUAUCGCGUCACCUUAAAAAUAAGCACCCAGCAGCUUUGGAGGAAACAAAGCGCCAAACCAAUGAAAGCCGACAGGAAGCAAAUACUCCUCAGAUAAUUGGACCCCAACAGCAAGUAAUAACUUCGUUCAUUCAACGACCACCGGCUGCCGGGAAAGCUGAGAAAAUUGAUAGGCAACUAGUUCGUAUGAUUGCAAAAGGUCAUCAUGCAUUGCGAAUUGUAGAAGAGCCUGAUUUCAAGCAGCUCAUAGAUGAUGUGUCUAAUUGCCCCGGAUACAAGAUGCCCACUCGAAAAACGCUGUCCAACGUGCUUCUUCCAAAGCUUCGGGACGAAAUUGUUGGUAACGUCAAAGAAAAAAUGGAGCUGGCAUCUGCAGUUUGUUUGACAACGGAUUGUUGGACCUCUCUUGCAAAUGAAAGUUAUAUUGCUGUUACAGCUCAUUUUAUUGAGAGUGAGGCAACUGUUAUGAGCUCACAUAUGAUUGCUCGCAUGCAAUUGAAUAAAUAAUAUUAAUUUUCAAUGACAGCAUUGUAUGAAAUAAAUUCAUAACAUUUUUUUUUUUUGAAGCACCUUUAAGCAAGUUUAAAAAAUGAACGAUUGAACUAAAUGAACGACCUAGUUCAUUGAUUUUAAACGAACGAACGAACUUAUUCCUCAAAUUGAACUAGGAUUAC